UCAAAUAACUCAAUAAAAAGAGCAAUUAUCUUGCAUUUGAUUGAAAAUUACGACAUUAAAACAAAGGUCAUCAGACUCUAUCGUCAGUCAGUCGGUUGAAAAAAUUGGAUUUUCUAAAAAUUUGAUUGAGUUUUGCCGGAUUUUGUCUAUAUUUACUCCGUUUUUGCUUCAUUAUUGAUGUCCCAAUAAAGAUAAGAUAUAAUUUGAUUGUUUUAAGCGAAAAAACAAGGAGUUUCUUGUCCCAGAAUAAUGAAAUUGACGUGCAUUUGAAGCACAUUUGAAAUUUAUGAUUUUUCAAAUUUGCAUCGUCUGCUAUUUAGACUAUUACAAAACCAUUGGACCUUCGUACAUUGGACUGUCUCAAAAACACAUUCAAAUGACUAUAUUGCGACAUGUUGUGAAACUGCAAAAGAGUUGCCAAAGGGCUGUUGGACUUGUUACAAGAAAUAUGAGCAGUGUUGGGGGACAUGAUAAUGAUCAUUUAUCCAGAACUUCAGAAAAUACUCGUGAAAAUGUAAUGUCACAAGCGAUUGUGAGUUCAGUACAAGAUGUUUCUCAGACUGUUAAACUCUUAUCACUAAAGUUAAUAAAUCCACGAGUGAAGUUCAAAGCCGGACAAUGGGUUGAUUUCUUCAUUCCUGGUUUGGAAAAAGUUGGGGGUUAUUCCAUGUGUUCCUCACCUACUAAGCUCAUAAAAGAUGGCACUUUAGAUCUUGCAGUAAAGUACAGUGAACAUCCCCCAGCAAAAUGGGUCCACACUCAGUGUAAAAUGGACACAAAGGUAGCAGUGCGAGUGGGUGGUGACUUUCACUUUGACCCUUUAUCCUCACCCUCAACAGAUCUCCUCCUCAUAGCAGGAGGUGUUGGGAUUAACCCUCUCUACUCCAUAUUCCUACAUUGUUCAGAACAAGCUGCAUCAACAGGUGCAAGGGUUAAUCUGCUGUAUAGUGCUUCAACCUCUGAUGAACUCGUUUUCAAGAAAAACAUUGACAGCAUAUGUAAGGAAUGCACCAACUUUAACAGACAAUACUUUGUGACCAAGGAAAAUACUCAAGCUACAAAGGACUUAACAAAUAGCAGAAUCAAUAAAUCAACUUUAGCGAACAGUUUAGAAAGUUUGGACAGAAAUAAAGUGUUGUGUUACAUCUGUGGCCCAUUAUCAAUGUUACAAGAUAUGGAGAGAACAUUAGUUGAACUAGGAGUCAGUGAAGAUAGGAUCAUGUAUGAAAAGUGGUGGUAGUGAUAAGUGAUAAUAGACAUGCUGGAUGAAGAUCGAUAAUUUAAAGGAAUUAUGGAGGGCAAAGAUGAAAUAUUACAUGUAUUAAAUAUAUAUAUUAUAUUAAUAUUAAAUAUCCACCUGAAUUUUCCAAUAAUAUGGCAGAAGUGGUCAUGAAAUCAGUGGGAAUUGUCCCUGGGAUGAGCAUAAAUAUUUAGCCCAACACUUAGUUUAUUCACCUCUUCAAGAGUUGAGACCAGUUCAAAAAUAAAAUACUCAUUUGUUAUUUAUAUAUAUAUAU